CGCUUGCUCGUGUCCCGGAUGUACCUACAUUUUAGUAGAGGAACAAAAAAUGGGCUCGUUACCAAGCUUCACCAAACCGUUUAAAUUAUCCCCAGACACGGUCUUUGCAGAUGUAUGAGGAGCAGUCCGCAUGUUUGAAAGUCUACUGUCGGCGUGUUUAUAAAGCGAUUCAUGAUAUCAAAGAGAGUUGGAGGUGAGAGUUGUGGACCAAGUGUAUUGACACGGAUUUGAGUUUCACACUCCUGUCAGGGCCUUCUGCCAUCCCCCCACCUGUCAGCCGUCUAGCAAAGAGUGAUGACCUCACAGCAGCAUGGGAAUGCCAACCCUGCCCUCAUCUCUCCACAGAACUCUUCUUCCAGUCAGGGCAGGCAACACAUUCCGCGUUCCCCUAUAGACUCGUAUUCCCGAUCCGGACACUCCUCUCCUCGGAGAGGGUGGGUUGCGGCAUCCUCGUCCUCCGCAGCUCACGGAAACACCAUAGCGCUCUCUCUAAGCCGCCUGGCUCCGGCAUCCUGCGGGAAUUCUCACUCAUCUAGGAGAUCUGCAUCCGGCCGGUCCGAGCCGUGGCCGGAGGAGGCGGUGGACAAUGCGUAUGGGCUUUACUCUCUUCACCGUAUGUUUGAUAUCGUGGGAGCACAGCUGACGCAUCGUGACGUGCGUGUGCUCUCCUUCCUUUUUGUGGACGUUAUUGAUGAGUACGAGAGGGGAGGAAUACGGAGCGGCCGGGAUUUCCUGCUCGCUCUGGAGCGGCAGGGGCGGUGUGACGAGACAAACUUCCGGCACGUUCUUCAGCUGCUUCGCAUCAUCACUCGCCACGACCUGCUGCCCUAUGUAACGCUGCGCAAGAGACAGACAGUGUGCCCAGAUCCAGUGGAUAAAUAUUUGGAGGAGACAUCCGUACGAUAUGUUUCCCCUCGAGGAGCAGGAGAGGCCCAACAGGGCACUCCUCACAGAAGAACAGGACCGCAGCCAUUGAUCUGCUGUCCUCCAUCAGGACCCCAGGUAUGCCCACCACGUGCUAAACCAACCCCACCUGCUCCAAAUAGGAAAAGGAAGAGAUCUCACACAACGGCAGACUGCAGAGAAAAACAGACCUGUGACAUACGAUUGCGAGUACGUGCCGAGUACUGCCAGCACGAGUCUGCUCUACAAGGCAACGUCUUCUCCAACAAGCAGGAGGCACUAGAGAGGCAGUUUGAGCGUUUCAACCAGGCCAACACCAUCCUUAAAUCCCGGGAUCUGGGUUCCAUCAUUUGUGACAUCAAGUUCUCAGAGCUGACCUACCUGGACGCCUUCUGGCGGGACUACAUCAACGGCUCGCUGUUGGAAGCCCUGAAGGGCGUUUUCAUCACAGACUCUCUGAAGCAAGCUGUUGGCCAUGAAGCCAUUAAGCUACUAGUAAACGUGGAUGAGGAAGACUAUCAGGCCGGCAGGAGGAAGUUGUUGAGGAACCUGAUCGCGGGAGGUGCCAGUGCCAGCACGGCGAAUAGGGAAGGUCCCUUGUCCUAGUGGAGGAACUGAUCAGCGGGCAAGUGGAGGAAAUUCAUAAAGACCCUGGUAUGGAGAGAUUAAUGGGAAACAGGAAGUGAGGAAUGUAAAAGAAAGGCAAUGACUCUUUAAAGGAAGGUGCUCUAUGGAUGGAGGGGUUUAAGAGCGUUUGGAAAAGUUGUGUUAUUUCUAUUUUAUUUUGAGUAUCUCAAGUUGUGGAAAUAAAACAUGAAGGGGGGAAUAAGCAGAGAACGAAAGCAUUUUGUUUCUUUGGUCUUUUUCCUGCAUAAAUAACACUAAUGAUUCAUUAAUGUUUUAAUCUUGUGUGAAAUGUUGUUUUUCUUUUCCAUCUCUGUCGGGUCUUGUUGCACAAUCAUUUGCUUUUAGUGAAAUUCUCCUGCCUAAAUGUUUACCUCAUUAAGAUUUACAAGGUUACAAAAUGUUGUAUACAAAACUUAUUUGCCUUUAAAAUGCCAGCUCUUCAUGCAAUAUUUCCCUUUUCCAUGCUGUCCAUUUAAUCUUCCAUGUGCAAUUUUUGUCAAAUGGAAAAUUUAAACUUUUUUUGUUAUGUCACAUGACAUCACAAAAAGCAGAAUCUCAAGAUAAACCUUCACAAAGUAAAAAAACACGCAAGUUUCAUAACGCACUGCAAUGUUUUGGCUUCACGGUGGAUUUGUGGCUACUUGAAACACAGAAAAUUUUCAGUUCCUGUAUCAGCAUCGAGGUCCUUUUGGGUUUGUGUUAUGUAGUGGUACGGGUUGGGGUGUUGGCCAUUAUCUGAAGAUCUUGAAGCAUGAAGUGUUGGUUUUUUUUAGUAUGGUUUAUGAAAUGUUUGAUUGCAGGUUGUGUUUUGAUCUUGCAUGUCCCUGAGAUCUGGUUUUGGGAAACUCAAUUAUGUUGGUAAAUGUCACUUGAAUUUGCGGCUUAAUAGUUGUUCUUUAAGGUUUUCCCACAAUGAUUAAGACAUUUAAUUGGCUUACUUAUAACCAGUUUGGGACCAAACUUAACAAAUUUACCUUCAUUGUUAUUGGUUAACAGAUAUUGCAGAAUCUAUGGGCCAAGAGUUUUUUGCAUCAGUUAUGGUUUAUUGUGAAGGAUGCAGUUUUUGUGACCACGGCAUUUAAGGCUUUGUAGAAAUAUUAUGAAUGGACUAAUGUGUUUGGUCAUAAAUUUAUUUGAUAAGUUGAGUUUUGUGUGUAAAAACAGGAUUUGGGAUCUUAUUGCUAGAAAGAAAAGUGUCUUGGCAGUUGGCACACCUGACAGAUGCUCAACAUUUCUGUUUUUCUCGUUGUUUUGUGGUGCUUUCUGUUUGCAGUUUUAGAUGUGCUUAAUUUAAUAUAAUUUAUACUAUAUAUAUAUGAUGAUUGGUGUUAUGAGGAAAGACCUGCCUGGGUUUCUUUGCUGAUAUAAUCUGUCCAACAAACCUUCAUGCAGUUUGAAUAAUACGUAACGCAAAAUGUGCCAAUGUGAAACAGAACCUGUGUUUUCAAAUGACUGGAGAGACAAUGUCUGAGCAACAAACAAUUGUAAAAACAGUAAUUUUGACUUGAGAUCUGUUGCUACACUUUUAAGAUACCAAAGCUCUUUCUUUUCUUCUCAUUCAUUCUGUCCUACUUCAUGUUAUGAAAUAUAUUGAAACUGUUGAAAGAAAAGUGGUGACUUGGAGUGAAACAGGCAUUUAGAGAUGUUCGCUGUGGAUAAAUAAAUGAUACUGCUAUAAU